UACUUCCCAUCUUCUUUUUCCAUACCUCAACUAAAACAAUCAAACAUGGCGAUUCAUCUCUCCGCUCUAACAAUCUCGAUCCUCGUAAUGGUCGUGUCCUCCGCCGCCGUAACAUCGGCGGCGGCAGAGGACAUGUCGAUUAUAAGCUACAACGAAAAACAUCACACGAUCGGCGCCGGUCGGACCGAUGACGAGGUCAUGUCUAUGUACGAAUCGUGGUUAGUUGAACACAAAAAAGUGUACAACGCUUUGGGAGAAAAAGAUAAACGGUUCCAGAUCUUUAAGGACAACCUUAAAUACAUCGAUGAACAUAACGCUAUGCCGGAGAAAAGUUAUAAGCUCGGUUUGACUAAGUUUGCUGAUCUGACCAACGAGGAGUAUAGGUCGGUUUAUUUGGGUACGAAGCCGGAUGCUAGUCGCAGGUUGUCGAGUAGACAAAGUGAUCGGUAUGCUCCGAAGGUCGGAGAUAGGUUGCCGGAAUCUGUUGAUUGGGUGAAGAAAGGUGUGCUUGUUGGUGUUAAGGAUCAAGGACAAUGUGGGAGUUGCUGGGCUUUCUCAGCAGUUGCUGCCAUUGAAGCAGUAAACAAAAUAAAGACUGGAGACUCGAUCUCUUUAUCCGAGCAGGAGCUAGUAGAUUGUGAUACUUCUUCUAACAAUGGUUGUGACGGUGGUCUCAUGGACUAUGCUUUUGAAUUCGUUAUCAAAAAUGGAGGACUAGACACUGAGGAAGAUUACCCAUAUACUGGCGAGGAUGGAAGAUGUGACCUAACAAGGAAAAAUGCCAAGGUUGUCACCAUUGACGGGUAUGAAGAUGUUCCUGCUAAUGAUGAAAACGCAAUGAAAAAGGCUAUUGCAAGUCAGCCUGUUAGCGUUGCUAUUGAAGCUGGUGGCAAAGACUUCCAGCACUAUAAAUCGGGCAUCUUUACUGGGAAGUGUGGCGCAGCAGUGGACCAUGGUGUGGUUGCAGUGGGAUAUGGUAGCGAAAAUGGCAUGGAUUAUUGGAUUGUGAGGAACUCAUGGGGUGCUUCCUGGGGAGAACACGGCUACCUCAGGAUGCAGCGUAACAUUGCUAACCCAAAGGGUUUGUGUGGUAUUGCUACAGUUGUUUCUUACCCUGUCAAGACAGGCCAAAAUCCCCCGAAACCAGCUCCAUCUCCUCCAUCGCCAGUCAAGCCACCUACUACUUGUGAUGAUAUGUACAGUUGCCCAUCAGGAACAACGUGUUGCUGUGUCUACGAGUACUAUCACAUGUGCUUUGCUUGGGGUUGCUGCCCUAUGGAAGGAGCUACUUGCUGUAAAGACCAUAACAGUUGCUGCCCACAUGAUUAUCCUGUCUGCAAUGUUAAAGCCGGCACCUGCUCAAUCAGCGAGAAUAACCCUCUUUCAGUCAAAGCAAUGUCACACAUUCUUGCCAAACCUAUUGGAUCCUUCAGCAAUCAGGGAAUGAAAAACACUAUCUCUUGAAGUGUCUCCAAUGGGAAUGCGCAAAUUCGCAGUGAAUUUGCAAAACCUCAUUUCCAGCUGAAAGUUUAUAGUUAUAGGUGAUUCCAAAAGCAGAGGAUAACAGAGUUGCUGCUGAUUUCUGUAUAGUGCUUCUUUAGUGCUUGUCACACAAUGCACUAGAACAAUAUUGAAACAAGAUUUCAUUGUUCUGCUGUUUCUGAUUUAUGUAAAUAUUUCCUUUAUUUCUUCAUCAGGGAUGACUAUCUGCUACUUUCACAAUGCAGUUUAUUAUUCCAUGUGAUGCUUCUACUUUCAUUUCACUAAUAAUAUCAAAGACUAUUGAUAAA